AUGCAUACUCAACAGGUCAUCAAUUUUCUACCAUCAUAUGACGAAUUUAAUGCAAAUCAAACAAAAUGGAAUUCUAAUGAGGAUGUGGCACGUAUUCUUUAUUCAGCACAAAACCAUCCUGAUUGGAUAGCGUCAGAAACGCACACUUUUCCACCUUCGACUUCACAAAGGUUGUUCAAACGAUUGGAUGGUCUUCAUUUCAAGCAAGAUGGAUAUGAAUGGAAAAGGAGGAAAGAAGGCAAGCUCAUCCGAGAAGAUCAUGUUAAAUUGAAGGUGCAGAAGUUGGAAACGAUUGCAGGAAGUUAUGUGCAUUCAGCUAUUGUGCCAUCAUUCCAUCGUCGAACCUACUGGCUCUGUGAUCAUCCUGAAAUUGUAUUAGUGCAUUAUUUGAAUGUAACCGGUGAAGAGACUCGCGACGGACAACCACUUCAUAUUCGUAUUGCACAGAGUGUUCGUUCGAAUGGUCUUUCAUUCAAUCGUUCUCAGCUCGAACAGCAAAUACGGCCUAUUCUGUGUUAUUCGAUGCAUCCAGCUGAAAUAAGCUCACUACUGGCGAAUGUAUGUGCAAUAUUGAAUUUGGCUCAUUCUAUACCAGCCACAGUAACGUAUCAACAUGACUCUGAACAUCAGUUGAAUAAUUAUGUUGAUGAAUACGGAAUGGAGGGAAUCGAAUUGAUGCAUUUAGCUACUGAUCAACCAACAAAUAAUAAUACUAACACUCAUUCGGAACGCUUCCAACAACACAGUCAGAAUGAUCAGCAUGAGCAGCCAAGUGCUCAUCAUCCUCAUCAUCAGCUAGAACGAAGCAAUAGUUGUGGUAGUGCGUUUCGGCGAGGUCUCUCAUCGAUCGCAAUGCGAAGACAGCCAUCUGCUUUUAGUGACACUGUAGAUGGACGGUUUACAGGUACUCUCUUGACUAACUAUGCUGUUGAAAGUGAUGCAUCAUUAAUAGCGAAUAACGAUAAGCUGUCAGCAACUUCAGCCUCAAUACCAAACGCAUUCUUGAAUUUUGCUUCUUGUCAACCUGAAACAACGAACACUCUUUCCAAAUCAGCAGUUGCCACUUCAGAGCAACAAUCCAGUUCGAGUAAUUUGGCAUGCGAAUUGCGAAGGUGUGGUACGAUUGCAGCGGUUCAGUCGAACAGCGCCACUAGUCAACAACAUAAUACCGCUUCAUGCUCAACACCUCUCAUUCAGAUUGCUGAUCUCUCGCCAGACCGAUCACCGCUCCGCGGUGGCACAAAAGUUUUGAUAGUUGGAGGAUGGUAUUUACGUGGGCAUGAUUAUACGGUAAUGUUUGACGACCAACAGGUUCCUGCAACACUUUUUCAUGCCGGAGUGCUUCGAUGUUUCGCGCCUCCUCAUAAUGCUGGUGUUGUAAAACUUGAAGUCUACUGUGAUGGGUUGUUGAUUUCACAUGCUGUGCAAUUUGAAUAUUUGGACAUGAGUAGAACCGGUGGCCAGAGCGCUGUUCUGUUAGAAAUUAGUGAACGUUUGCGAUUCUUCCAUUCGUGCAUGAUUACUGAUCGAUCGCAGUGUGCUAUGCGAGAGCUACCAGAAUUAGAUACAGAAACGGUAGCUUUGGAGAUUUGGAGUGAGAUGAUGCGUUAUCCGUUUGAUUAUAACCUCCUUACGAAUCGUUCAGCCACGAUGCGCAACGAUAAUUCGUUGUUGCAUUUAUGUGCAAUGCUGAAUUUCCAUCGUCUGAUACAGUCCGUUCUUCAAUUCAGAUCGGAGAUCUCAUCACAGUACUAUAUACGUGAUUUGGAUGUAGUAUCGAGAGAUGCAGAAGGUCGAACACCACUUCAUUUGGCAGUGCUGCAUGCUAACCUCAAUAGUAUCCAGAUUUUGAUCUCAAAUUGCCCCAGCUCAGUGGAUGUGCUGGAUGACCGGGGUGAAACUCCGCAAGAUUUGAUCUUUAAGUCACAAAAUUCACAUAUCAUCAAUUCAUACAAACAAACUAUUGAUACCGUUAGACACCAAGCAAAAGCUAGUGAUGACCGAUGCGGUCAGUCUCAAGAAUCGAUCAAUUCCACCGCAUUGUGGGUGAUGACAAAUGGUGAAACAGUUACCGAUGAGCAACGUUUAGCAAAUACCUCCACAAUAACAUCAUCCUCUCGCCAAACAAUGCUGCAGAUAGAUAUGCCUGUUUGGCAGCAGUUGCCAGUGAAUCACGGCAGUGAUGGACAGGCAGCCAGUAAAUCAUGUUCAGCAUCACUUUUAGCACGCGUUCAGCUAAUUUAUUGGCUCGGAGUCGAGAAUGGUGGUGGCGAUUCAUCGAUCAAAUCGUUAAAUGAGUAUUCUGAUAUUGACGAUUCUCAUCAUGAUGGUUCCUCUCUCAGUGCCAAUAAACUUCAUCAUUGUGAAAAUCUUGAGCGAGGUGGUUGGAUGGAUGAUACGUUGGCUAUGGAUGUACAUAUUCCAGAUUCGCCAACUACAGCUGACAUGUGGAAUGCUCUUUCGAGCAGCGAUGAUGCUACUAGUGAAGGAGCUCGUGCGCGAAUGGCAAGUUUAGCGCAACAGAUCAUUGAUGCUCUGCCUGCAAGAAUAAAGAGUUUCAAUGAAGCAGCUGAUCCAAAUUUUGUGGAUGAUGUUGGCGGUCUGUCGGAGCCGUCUGAAUCGUCAGGUCUUUCGAUACACUCGAGAAAUCCUUUUCUUGGCAAUGCUUAUGUGAGAUCAUCGAGUGAAUGGGAGGAAUUGGUGACGCCGCUCGACAACACCACUUAUGAGUUCACGUCUCCGAAUUUCAUGGACCGUGCUAGGAAUGAGGUUUUGAUCGCUCAUGAUGAAGUGGGAGGACCACUGGACGUUUUGAACGCUUCGUCGUCUUCGUCCACUUUUCACACUCUCCCAUCUGAAUCAAUAAACAAUCCCACAGAGAGUGCAAAUGAUCAUUCGUCGCCGAAUACGUCUACAAAGGAUCUUGGCGAAUUUUUCAACACAGAAGGCGUUAUGGGGCCGUUAGAACGGCACUUUCGCGAUUUACGAUUAUCAGACCGUGAACAACGUGAACUUUAUGAAGCAGCGAAAAUCAUUCAGCACGCUUAUCGGCAAUACAAAGCACGUAUUAGCUCACAAAAGCAGAACGAAGCCGAGCGAAAUGCAGCCGUAGUUAUUCAGAGUUACUAUAGGCGGUAUAAGCAGUUCUGUUAUUUCAAAAAACUUCACAAGGCGGCUGUGCUCAUUCAGAAGCAUUUCCGGAUGCAUAGAGCGUUGCACUGUGCUGAAGAACAACAUAUCGACGAACCGUUGAAUGAUGACUGCAUCAGACUAACGCAAUGCAAUGCUAGCGCACAUGUUUCAUCGUUAAUGACCGAAGAUCAGGCUGCACUUACCAUUCAGCAGGCUUACAGGGGUCAUUAUCAGAGGAAACGACAAGCAGCUGCACGAAAGAUUCAGAAGUUCAUGAGGCAGUCAAAACAAAAGUUGGUACUUUAUUUCAACACAUUUUUCAAUAUCUCCUCACGUCAUCAAUGUUUAUCAGAACUACACUUCACCAACUAUGAGGAAUGUGAUUGUUCGCAGCAAUAUACUGUGUGUGAUAUAUCUUCAUAUGCUUCAGCAUCGUCACUACAGUCUUGA